AUGAGCUUACGUGCUGGCCUCAGGCAAGCUCUCCGGAUAUCUCAAUCUCAAAAACCGCCUAGCUCUCUUGGAAACAGCGGCCUCUUUAAUGGAAAGGGUCUAAACUCUACCGGUCACGCUUGUGUUAUUAGUCGCUCUUUCAAUAAGGCUGCUGCUGGUGAUACCGAUGGUAGAUCUGUGCACAAAGCACGAGGAAAGACGACUGGCAAGGGGACUGGCAAGGGGACAGACAAAUCGAAGGGCAGGCCACCUUUUGAGCACGUUGACCACGUCUCAAGAUUCACCAAGGGUCUGCUCCCGGAUGGCCAAGAUCCCGUCAAAACGUUCAAGGCUCACCUCAAAGAUGGAACUCUCACCAAAUCGCUGGCUACUUCGUGUUUGAAGACAGCAAUUAGACAGGAACGCUUCGAUGAUGGGCUUGGAGAAGCCGCCAUCACUUGGUUCUGGAACGAGCACGACAGUUACAAGUUCCCGGAUGAUACUGAUAUGCUCGACUGCAUGGUGAGGUUUCUCUAUCACGAGGGCAAGGAGGAUAGAAUAUGGGAGUGGAUUGAGAAGAAGAGCAGAAAGCGCGAGAAUGUCGGCCCUAACGACCGGUUCGCCUGGAGAGCCGACACUGUCAGAUCUCUUAUUACCGCAAAGGCGUUCGCUUCGGAAGACAGCCUGGAUUCAGCUUUGGAAACAUUCUUCCGUGCAAAGUCGAGCACAUAUUCCAUACCAGUCGCUCCGGCCAUUGUGCAAGUCGCCAAACUACUUAUGAUGCCGGCAACCAGGCUAUCCGAUCAACCUUCGGACGUCGAAUUCAAGAUCGAGCGACCUAGAUGGCCAAACACAAGUCUGGAACUCUGGGAAAAGUUCCUCAAGAACAUUGACGCCAAAAGGGAUGUCAGCGAACCGUUCAGAGUGCAACUGCCCCUCUACAGACCCGACAAACCGGACCCAUUCCCUUUCCUGAAAUACUCUCGCCACUUGGCAUCGCAUCCCAGUCUCGUACAAAAGAUGUUGAAGAGACAAUCGCUGGUUCCAUGGCUCGCACGGAGUAGACACGCCGAGGCACUUCUGAGGCAAGAAGGCCAUCAUGAGGACGCGAAGUUCUUGGAAGAAUUCACUCAAGAGCUGGAUACGAAGUCGGAGGAAGUUAGAGAAAAAUAUAACAUGAGGCGCGAGGGCCGACGCAAGAAGGCAGAAUUUGGAGACUUGAACGAUCUGCCUUUCAAGCACUAA